CAUGAUGGGGAGAGUUCCUGCAAUAGUUUGUGUCUCUGCUCCACCCUCAAUUAUAUUUCCUCCAGUAUUUUGUGUCUCUGCCCCUCCCACCAUGGGGAGAUUUCCCCCAGUAGUUCGUGUCUCUGCCCCUCCCACAAUGGGGAGAUUUCCCCCUGUAAUUUGUGUCUCUGCCCCUCCCACAAUGGAGAGAUUUCCCUCAGUAGUUUGUGUCUCUGCCCCUCCCACAAUGGAGAGAUUUCCCUCAGUAGUUUGUGUCUCUGCCCCUCCCACAAUGGGGAGAGUUCCUCCGAUAGUUUUUUGUGUCUCUGCCCCUCCCACAAUGGGGAGAGUUCCCCCGAUAGUUUGUGGCUCUGCCCCUCCCACAAUGGGGAGAUUUCCCCCUUCCCACGAUAGUUUGUGUCUCUGCCCCUCCCACAAUGGGGAGAUUUCCCCCGAUAGUUUUUUGUGUCUCUGCCCCUCCCACAAUGGUGAGAUUUCCCCCAGUAGUUUGUGUCUCUGUCCCUCCCACAAUGGUGAGAUUUCCCCCAGUAGUUUGUGUCUCUGCCCCUCCCACAAUGGUGAGAUUUCCUGCAGUAGUUGUUUGUGUCUCUGCCCCUCCCACAAUGGGGAGAUU